AUGGCGCCCUCCGACGACCAGAGAUACGAUCCGGUCCCUCCGAUACCUACCUACGAUGAAGCCGUCGCCACCGGCAGCGCCAGCCGGCCCGCCUUCGAGGCCGACGUCCUCUCCCCCAUGGCCGAGGGCUACGUGCCCGACCACGAGGGCCGCUCCCUGCUGCACGGCGCCCACCGCCGCACCGGCUCCUCGGCCAACGCGCGGAAUACGAAUGGCUACCGGGCGCCGACUGUCGAGACCGAUGACGAGGACAGCACGUGGACGUCCGACUCGGACGACGACGACGACCUCGAGGCCGCUCACGUGCGGCGGGAGAUGCAGGAGUUUGACAUUAUAGAGCCGGGCGACGGGCGCAGGGGGGCCUCGUCCAUAUUCGGCAAGAGGAUAGGCUUCUCGCUGUCGCUCCCGCAGUGGAAGUGGAACUGGAGGUGGAAGAUGCCCAGGUUCAGGAUACGACUCCCCAACAGCAGCAGUGCGGGUGCCACCGCCGGCUCGUCCUCGACGGGUGGCGCCGAGGGCGAAGGAACAACGGGAACAGCACGGCGGCGCUGGGCCCUCCCGCCCUCGUUCGCCGCCGCCUUCAACAAGACGGCCGUCAUCAUCGUCGUCGCCCGCGUCGUGGCCAUCUGCCUCGUCAUGGGCCUGCUCUACCUGCUCUUCAUGAGCGACCUCUUCACCAGCAUGUCGCGCCGCCUCGGCAGCCAGAUGUUCGACCCGGAGAGCGUCCGCCUGCACGUCCAGGGCUCCGUCGACCCGGAGCGCAUGCGCGACAUGCUGCAGCAGUUCACCCUGCACACGCACGUCGCCGGCACCGAGGGCGACUACGCCCUCGCCGUCGACGUCAGGAACCUCUUUGCCCGCUUCGGGCUCGAGGACAUCCGCGUCGACGAGUACUACGUCUACAUGAACUACCCGCGCAAGGACGGCCGCGCGGUCGAGAUCAUCGGCGACGACGACAAGCCCGUCUGGCAGGCCAGGAUCGACGAGGACCCCCGGGGGAACUCUCAGGCCACCGCGCCCUCGCUGGCCUUCCACGGCCACUCCAAGUCGGGCGAUGUCCGGGGCCCUCUGAUAUACGCUAACUACGGCACGAGGGAGGACUUCAAGAAGCUGCAGGACAGCGGGAUAGACACGAAAGGCGCGAUCGCGCUCGUGCGUUACUACGGGCCCCAGAGCGACCGGGGGCUCAAGGUCAAGGCGGCGGAGAUGGCCGGCUUCGCCGGCUGCCUCAUCUACAGCGACCCGGCCGACGACGGCUACCUCAAGGGCGACGUCGCGCCCAACGGGCGGUACAUGCCCGCCGACGGCGUCCAGCGCGGGUCCGUCGCCCUCUCCAGCUUCGUCAUCGGCGACCCCCUCACCCCGAACUGGGAGAGCGAGAAGGGCAUGCCCCGGAUGCAGCCGCACGAGUCCAAGGGCCUGGUGCAGAUCCCCAGCCUGCCGCUCGCGUGGCGCGACGCCCAGGUCCUGCUCCAGCGCCUCAAGGGUAAAGGAAAGCCCGUCUUCGACGGCUGGGCCGGCGGCGUGCCCGACGUGGGCGAGUGGUGGACGGGCGACCAGACGUCGCCCGUCGUGCGGCUGCAGAACGAGCAGGACGAGAACGACAAGCAGCCCAUCUGGAACGUGUACGGGCGGAUCGAGGGCGCCGAGCAGGGGUCCAAGUCCAUCAUCGUCGGCAGCCACCGCGACGCGUGGGCCUACGGCGGCGUCGACCCGGGCACGGGCAACAUGGUCUUCCUCGAGACGGUGCGCGUGUUCGGCGACCUGCUCGCCAAGGGUUGGCGGCCCAAGCGCACCAUCGAGUUCAUGUCCUGGGACGCCGAGGAGUACAACAUGGUCGGCAGCACCGAGUACGUCGAGAAGAACCUCGAGGCGCUGAGGCAGGACGCGUUCGCGUACAUCAACCUCGACACGGCCGUCACGGGCGGCGUGUUCCGCGCGUCGGGCUCGCCCGUCUUCCAGAAGCUGCUGCUCUCGAUCCUCAAGCGCGUCGGCGACCCGCACGUCAACCAGACGCUGCGGGAGCUGUGGGACGCCGGCGGCCGGCGCAUCGAGGGCCUGGCCGCCGACUCGGACUACGUCGCCUUCCAGGACAUGGCCGGCACGUCGUCGCUCGACCUGCGCUUCGAGGGGCCCGAGCCCCCGGGCAGCGGCGGCGGGUCCUACCCUGCCCACAGCGCCUACGACGGCUUCGACUGGGUCGACCGCGUCGGCGACCCGGGCUUCGUGUACCACGCCAUGCUCGCGCAGGUGUUGUCCCUGCUCGUCCUCGAGCUCGCCGACCGGCCCGUCCUGCCGUUCGACAUGGCCGCCUACGCCAACGCGCUGCAGAAGUGGACGGCCGACCUCGCCGGCUUCCUGGACGGCAAGGUGCACCCGGGCCCGGCGGACCCGCCGUUCGACCUGUCGCGGCUGAGCGCCGCCGCCAACGCCGUCACGGACGCCGUGCGCGAGUUCCAGGAGUGGGAGGGCACGUGGGAGGCGCGCGUCCUGCAGGCCAACGGGUGGGAGCCCAUGGGCCUCGGCGGCCAGCGGCUCGAGUACAACGACCGCAUGUCGCGGUUCGAGGCGGACCUGCUGGAUGUUGAUGUCAAUGGCGGGAUCCCCAACCGCACGCAGUUCAAGCACGUCGUCAUGGGCCCGGACCUGUGGAACGCGUACCAGGAUGCGUACUUCCCGGCCAUCCGCGACGUCGUCGAGGCGGGCGACUGGGUCCUGGCCAACCAGACGCUCGACAAGGUGGCGCGCAUCAUCAGCAAGGCCGCGGCCAACCUGGUCAUGUAG